ACGGGGGAGGGAGGGGGGUCAGGGUAGGUAAACUGAGCUCGGUCACGGGGUAAAACGCAACGACGACUGAAGCGAAGAUUAAUGAUUGGCAUUCCGACGUCACACCAGUGCACUACCAAAGCGUACAAGAGGGGAGUGGACUAGAAGGUUUCUAUUUUGUUCCGGGAAAUGACAGUGUUUGAUCCUUUGAGCAGGACCCAAACUCAUCCAGAAACAAGCCGACCAACGACGAGCAACACGGGCUAUUCCAAAAUACGGCGAGGUUUUUCGGCGCUUCAUGACAGCAUGAUCCUUUAUGCGCGCGAAAAGUCUGGCCGAGCCAAAAGCAACUCAUGGUCGACCUAUCCCUUGUCAUUGUGGGAAGUCGGGCGACGGUCCCACGUCAGAAGGGAAGGAUGAGUCGGCUAUAGUGGCAGCCACUACCAGAGACGAGAC